AUGGCCAAGGCCCCUACCGAAUCGCCCUCCGCGACACCUCCCUCCGCGCUGAAGAGAACGACCUCGAGCGCCCAGAACAUGAAAAGCCAAAAGUCUAUCCUCGGAUUCUUCCAGAAGUCGUCACCAGCAGCCCCAUCAGGCAACAAGGUGCGCGAACCCGCGUCAUCGCCGGCCCAAAAAGCAUCUGAGCGUGGUGCCAGUACGGUCAAGCCAACACCCAAGAGGAGCUUCUCGAGCUUUGGGCAAGACCUGAGCCCUGUGCCCAGCAGUGAUUUGCCAAUUCCUGAUGAAGACGAAGAGAAUGGUGACAUUGUGAAGAAUGGCCGCGACCAAGCCCAGGAAAAUACGAUGUCUCCUUCGCGUCGGGGCAAGAAGAAGAUCAGCUACAAGGAGUCCGAUUCGGAAGGGGAAGACGACGACGAUGUUAUCUUCCGUCCAAAACGCAACAACAGUGUCCGCGGCCGGGAAAACAAGAGGAGGAAGACAUCGCCAGAUGAGAGCGAGGAAGAGUUCCAAGCGCCACAAGAUGAGGGUGUCGAAUCUGAUGAUGAAAUGGACGACUUCAUAGUCGCCGAUGAAUCCGACGAAGAAGUUACCGCCCCGAAGAAACGCAAGAAGUCAGUCCCUCAGACCUCGCGCAAGCCGUCGGCCAAAUCCUCCUCGCCCCCUCCCCCUCCAGCCGCCGAUGAAGACCUUGAUGCCGAUCUUCCAGAAAGUUCAGGAGGCACCGCACUCAAGUGGGCAUUUGAUCCUGAAAACACCGAGCCCAGGAAAGAACGAGCGGCGCAGAAGUCUUCGAAGACGCCGUCUAGUGCCAAGAAGGAAAAAGCUCACGUUAAAGACCCUGAACAACGGUAUCCCUGGCUUGCCAAUCCUAAGGACAUGGAUGGUAAUCCUCCUGGCCACCCUGACUUUGACCCUCGCACUAUUUAUGUUCCUCCACUGGCCUGGUCUAAGUUCUCUCCUUUCGAAAAACAAUAUUGGGAAAUCAAGCAGAAGUUCUGGGAUACUGUGGUAUUCUUCAAGAAGGGCAAGUUCUAUGAGCUUUACGAGAACGAUGCUACGAUUGGUCACCAGCUGUUCGACUUGAAGCUUACUGAUAGAGUUAACAUGCGAAUGGUCGGCGUUCCCGAGAUGAGCCUGUCCCACUGGGCAAAUCAAUUUGUGGCCAAGGGCUAUAAGAUUGCUCGAGUUGAUCAGUCUGAAUCUGCCCUUGGCAAAGAGAUGCGCGAGCGUGAUGCUAAGAAGGGUAAAGAAGACAAGAUUAUCAAGCGAGAAUUGGCUUGCGUUCUCACUGCCGGUACCCUUGUUGAGGGUUCCAUGCUGCAGGAUGAAAUGGCCACUUACUGUGUUGCUAUCAAAGAAGCCAUUGUUGAUGAACUUCCUGCAUUUGGUCUCGCAUUCGUCGAUACUGCCACAGGUCAAUUCCACAUCUCCGAGUUCGUUGAUGAUGUGGACAUGACCAAGUUUGAGACCUUCAUUGCGCAAACUCGCCCGCAGGAAAUCUUGCUUGAAAAAUCCUGCGUCUCGACCAAGGCGUUGCGCAUCCUGAAGAAUAACACGGGACCCACUACUCUGUGGAACUAUCUCAAGCCGGGCAAAGAGUUCUGGGAGGGUGAUGUCACAGUAAAAGAACUCGAUGCUAGCGACUACUUUGUCUCAGAAGAUGACGAGAAUGUUAAAGCUUGGCCCCAGACCCUUCGUGAUGCACGUGAGAAGGAAUUGCUCAUGUCGGCUUUUGGUGCUCUCACACAGUACCUGCGAGUAUUGAAGAUCGACCGAGACCUUAUCACCAUCGGAAACUUUGAAUGGUACGAUCCGAUCAAGAAGGCCUCCAGUCUGGUGUUGGAUGGUCAGACUCUGAUCAACAUGGAGAUAUUCGCAAACUCAUUCGAUGGCGGUGUCGAUGGCACCCUAUUCCAGCUUCUCAAUCGCUGCAUCACGCCCUUCGGCAAGCGCAUGUUCAAGCAGUGGCGCAUCAAUGCCCGCCUCGAUGCCGUGGAUUCCUUAAAUGCCGACCCGAGUGUUCGAGACCAGUUCUCCUCCCAGUUGACCAAGAUGCCUGACCUGGAGCGUCUUAUCUCCCGUGUUCACGCUGGUGUCUGCAAAGCACAGGACUUUGUCCGCGUCCUCGAAGGAUUUGAGCAGAUUGACUACACUAUGGGUAUCCUCAAGGAUAGUGGGUCUGGCGAUGGCAUCAUCGGACAACUUAUCUCGGCUAUGCCCGAUAUGUCCCAGCUAUUGGGUUACUGGAAGACGGCUUUUGAUCGAUCCAAGGCGAAGGAGAACGGAAUUCUUGUUCCCGAGCCCGGCGUCGAAGAAGAUUUCGAUUCCUCGCAGGAGUUUAUCGACCAGCUCCAUAAGGAUCUCGACAACCUUUUGAAGAAGGCACGGCGUGAUCUUGGAUCUACUGCCAUCUGCUACCGGGACAAUGGAAAGGAGAUCUACCAACUUGAAGUGCCUAUCAAGGUCAAGAAUAUCCCGAAGGAUUGGAACCAGAUGUCGGCCACUAAGCAAGUCAAGCGGUACUACUUCCCCGAGCUGCGGACUCUCAUUCGCAAACUACAGGAGGCCCAGGAAACACACAGUCAGAUUGUCAAGGAAGUCGCUGGUAGAUUCCAUGCCCGAUUUGAUGAGCACUACGGCACCUGGCUUGCAGCUGUCCGUGUCAUCUCGCAACUGGACUGUUUGAUCAGCUUAGCCAAGGCCUCCUCCUCUCUUGGCCAGCCCAGCUGCCGUCCUGUCUUUGUGGAUGAAGAACGAAGCGUCCUUGAACUCGAAGAAUUGCGUCACCCCUGCCUCGCCUCCUCUGUUGAUGAUUUCAUCCCCAACAACAUCAAUCUCGGUGGCCAAGAAGCCAACCUGAACUUGUUGACUGGUGCAAACGCCGCCGGAAAAUCAACCGUCCUCCGAAUGACCUGCGUCGCUGUCAUCAUGGCCCAAAUCGGCUGCUACGUCCCUUGCGCAUCCGCCCGCCUAACUCCCGUCGACCGCAUCAUGUCACGUCUCGGCGCCAAUGACAACAUCUUCGCUGCCCAAUCCACUUUUUUCGUCGAACUCUCCGAAACCAAGAAAAUCCUCUCCGAAGCCACUCCCCGCUCCCUAGUCAUUCUUGACGAACUAGGCCGUGGAACCAGCUCUUACGAUGGCGUUGCCGUUGCACAAGCCGUACUUCACCACAUCGCAACUCACAUUGGCGCAAUGGGAUUCUUCGCAACCCAUUACCACUCUCUCGCCGCUGAAUUUGAGAAUCACCCUGAAAUCUCACCUAAGCGCAUGGCGAUCCACGUUGAUGAUGCCGAACGCCGCGUGACAUUCCUUUACAAACUGGAGAAGGGUGUCGCAGAGGGUAGUUUCGGUAUGCAUUGUGCUUCGAUGUGUGGGAUCCCGAGUAAGGUGAUUGAGUGUGCUGAACAUGCUGCCAAGGAAUGGGAGCACACUAGUAGGCUCAAGGAGAGUCUGGAGCGUCGGAAAGGAGGCGGUUAUGUUGGGUUGGGAUGGUGGAGCGAUGUUGCAUGGGCUCUGCGCGAAUCGUCGAGUGAUGGGACUGAUGGUAGUGAGAUUACUGAUCGUGGUCUGGAUGUUUUGUGUAGGGCCAUUGAGGCGCUUUGA